AAGCCCAGCCGGGUGGGACGGAGGGACCCGAACCUGCCCGAGGAGAUCGGAGGCUAGAGCCGAUUAGAGUCGAGCCUGCCCGAGUCCUCCCAGCUCGUCCCCAUAGCAGCGGGGAGCCGAGCCGAGCCGAGCCCCGUCCGAUCUCACCCGAACGGCUGGGCUGGCCGGGGAGCCGAACGGACAGCGCCCGAGUCAGCCCGAAGCAGAACGAACCCGGCCGAGCGCGCGGGACGCCCGAAGGCCGCAGGGCUGAAGGGGAAGUGGCGGGCUCCUCUCCUCCCUCACAGCGCGCGAGAAUAAGCGGCAAUGGCCGAAGGCGCCCGAAGCCCCAGUGGCGCACGGGAUGCCGGGAUGCUGGAGGACUGAGGGGUGGCGAAGGGAGGGGAGAGAGAGGGGGGAGGACAUGGCUGCUGUUAGGAGAGCGUUGCCAUGGUUACUGCACGGCCCUGGUUACGUGACAAUCAACGCCAGCCGGCGCGCGGCGCCAGGAGGCGAUGGGGGUUAUUACCGCGGACAAUGCGGUACCGUUCACUACACGGCGGCGACGGACUCCGGUGGACCCCAGGGGGGAGGAGGCAGCGCUGGAAGAACUUCAUCAGUUCUGUCGUCUGUUCCCUUACAGAUCCUGUUCUAUUUAAAUGGAUUUUAUUACAUCUUUUAUUUCUUGGCAACGCUUCUAAUGAUUAUUUAUAAAAGUCAAGUUUUCAGUUAUCCGGAUAAUUACUUGGCUCUUGAUCUUGCGCUGCUGUUCAUUAUGGCCAUUCUAGAAGCAAUCCGAUUAUACUUGGGUACAAAGGGUAACCUGACAGAAGAAGAGGUUCCACUAGGGGUCAGUCUCGUGAUUACUGUUGGCAGCAUAAUGUUGUCUGUCUACUUCCUGGUGUGGGAGACUUACGUGCUAAAAGCAGACGUCAUAAUUAAUGCUAUUCUUCUUUUUAUGUAUGGACUUGAGGGACUACUACAGAUUAUAGCCAUUGCUGCAUUUGUCAGCUAAAUCUCUGCUGCUCAGAGUUGUAAGGUACAUCUGCUUCCAACAUUUCUUCAGUAAAGAGACAACAUGCAUCUUUAAAGUCUAAACGUAUUUGGUUUCACUUUCUCCAGUGUAAAAUAUUGUGAAGAAACUCAUCCUUAUAUUACAGGGUUUAAUAUAGCCCUACUCCAGCACAGCCCCCCAUGAAUAACCAGCUAAAAUAUCCUGUACAGUAGCUCUGUUCCACUGUUUGACUAAGUAGUUCAUUUAGUGGCAAUGGCCCUGCUUCAGGAAAACACUUAAGCACAUGCUCCGCUUUAAAUCUGAGUAAUUUCAUUGCAGUCAAUGGGAGUGCUUCUGGGCUUAAGGUUACACACAUAAUCAAGCGUAUUCCUGCAUUGGGUCCAUGUCCUGACCUGCUGUGCCUAAACAUGUACAUGUGUAUUUAAUCAAAAUUCUGCAUCAGAUAUUUGUAUCCAAAUUAGAACAAAUAUAAACCAGCAUAUUACUCUAGUUGUAUGUUGGUGCAAUACCCAGGGCAGCUCCAGGGUUUUCGCCACCCCAAGCGGCAAAAAAAAAAAAAAAAAGAAGUCAGGAUCAGCGGCAGCUCCACCGCGCCGCUUUCUUCUUUGGCGGCAGGUCCUUCCCUCCAAGAGGGACCAAGGGACCCGACGCCAAAUUGCCACCGAAGUGCCCAACCUGCCACCUCUUCCCCUUGGCCGCCCCAAGCACCUGCUUGCUGAGCGGGUGCCUGGAGCUAGCCCUGGCAAUGCCAUUGAUUUUAAUGAAAUCAAACUGGCAUAAAACUGGAGUAAUAUAGAGGCGAAUCCAGCCCUGUCUAUAUUAAAAAAAAAUACUGUGGGAUCAAUUCUGCACUACCAGGUACAGGGUUGUAUUUGAGGGCAGAAUUUUGUCCUGUUGUCCUUAUUCUUAUCUCACUUGUGCCUUUUACACCUUCGUAACUGACUUCAGUGGAAUUAUUCUGAUUGAUACCAGUGUGCGAGGGAGCCGAAUCAAGUUUUCUAUAUGCACAAGGGAGCUGUGUUAUGGCUGUUGUGGGAACUACAGGUCCAACCACUCCUCAUUUCCACUAAGGCCACAUCUCUGCUUUGGCAAUGUAAAGGACAGGGCUUUAAAAUGGGCAUGAAUGUUACCUCUCCUUUGUACUACCAGAGCAGUGUAGAAUGACCUUUUUAUAAAUAAGAAUUAGUCCUUGAUUUUUCCUUUUGAAAGAUCAGCUUUCAUGUUGUGUAAGGUUUUUAUUGUCUCUAUAUGAUGUAUCUAUUUUUAUACCUUUCCUUUCCUGUUUGGUUAAAUCACUAUUUUAAAAUCUGUUUGACUAAAUGCGAGCUAAGAUUUUACAGAUGACCAUGGGUUUUUGUAACAGUGUCAUCAUUGGGUUUUUUGCACAUAAUUAUAGCCUUCAUAUUCAUGUUUUAUUUUUGUAUCAAUUAAAAAAAAAUAAAGAAUUCAUUACACUCU